AUGAAUAUAAAAGCCUUAACCAAUGAAGAGAUUAUCAAGAAACUAUAAUCUAGUAUUGAUAAAUAUCUGAAGUUUGUUGCUGGGUUUGGAACAUGCUUUGGGGUGUUUUAAAAUAAUUUGGUCAUUCUUGAGAUAAUCAUGAAAUUGUUGUCUCUAAAAGAUAAGGAUAAUUUGCCCAUCUUAAUAUGCUAGAAUCUUUUAGGAGGAGAAUCUCCGUUGGAUUUUUCAAUUAAAGCUCGACAACAAAAAAUUAUCAAUCUUAUUCUAUGUGUGAUAAUUAAAUAUCAAGAUCAUAUAAUUUUUAAUGCUCUGAUAGACAAGCAUUUGUGUGAGCUAAUAAAAUAAUAGAUUGACUUGCAGGAAUAUUUCGAUAGUAAGUUGGCAAUUUAUGAAAUUCUUGAUUAAUCUUUUCCAAGUCAACAUCAUGACGAUAGAGAAAUUAGAGUUGGUAUAAACUUGAAUAAUUAGAAGGAAAUUCAUGACAAAUACUAAUAUAUUUUUGGUGAUAAGGUAUAUCAUUCAAAUGAUUAAAAUGACUCUCUUGUCUCAGUAGAAUAUCAUUUGAUAAAUUUGCCAGUUGCAUUAACAGAAAGUCCUAGAGAUUUGAUGAAAGUACUGAGUGAAGCAGAAAGACCAGAAUACUUUGAGAAUUAAGUCAUUUAGAACAUUAUUAAUUAUAAAUGGAAUACAUAUACAAAGUUAUUUUAUCAAGAAAAGUUCUAUUAUUACCUGGUAUUCAUGUCUACUUUUAUCAUAGAUAUAUUCUAUUUAACUUAUUCAAAUAGUGAUAACAAUAACUAAGAUGGAUCAUAUUAAAAUAUGAUUGAUACUAAGUCUUCGUAAAUGGACAUCUGGAUAAAGAUUUUAGCUAAAAUAAUUUGUUCAAUCGUGCUCUUUUACUUUUUAAUUCAUGAAGUGAAAUAAUUAAUUGUCCAGAAGAGAAGCUACUUUAUUGAUGCAUGGAACUAUUUUGAUUUUACUCACAUUAUAGCAUUCAUAGCUUAUUGCAUUCUUGACUUUACUGAUGAAAGCAAAGACUAUUUAAUUUUGGUUAAGAUUUUAGUGAUAAUUCUUUCAUUUAUGAAACUUUUUUUCUUCUUAAGGAUAUUUGAUGGAUUCAGCUUUCUCGUACAAAUGAUGGCUGGAGUAUUUAAAGACUUGAAGUACUUCAUAAUCUUCUUUAUGAUUUUUAUUUUGCAAUUUGGAAUGAUGUUUUUAGUUCUCUUUAAGGCUCAAUAAAUCGAUGAAUAUAAUGGGGUUAAUAAAUUAGCAUACUUUUUAAUGGCAUUCAGAAUUUCAUCUGGUGAUUUCUAACUUGAUGAUUUUCAUAAUCAAGAUGAUUUAUUGGUCAUAUUUACUUGGAUGAUCUGGCUCAUUGCAGUUAUGACUCUAAAUAUUGUUUUCAUGAAUUUUAUUAUUGCCGUUAUUUCUGAAUCUUAUGAAAGAGUAAUGUAGAAACUAGUGGCUGAAUCUUAUAGAGUAAAAGCAAAUAUGAUAGUUGAAAGAGAACAGCUGUUUUCAGAGGCAGACCUUAAGAAAGAAGAGAUAUUCCCUUAAUUUAUUGUAGUGAGAAAAUAAAUCAACAACUCAUCUAUAGAUGCUGGGGAAUGGCAAGGAUUUAUCAAAGAUUUGAAAUAAACAAUCAGAAACACAGCUGCAAAAUCAAAGGGUGAAAUAAUUAAUAGUUUUUAAGCAUCAUUAGGAAAAAUAGAUGGAGGAAUGGAGUUAAACAAAAAGAUAAUUUGUUUGAAUGAAAAUCUUGGGGAUUAAAUUCAAAAAAUUAAAGAAAAUAUUGAAACUUCGUUUAGAGAUAGAGAAUCAAUCAAUAUCAAUAUCAUCUCAAGAGUUGAAACACUUGAUGGAAAAUUUGAAGGACUAAACGGUAAAGUUUCAGGAGUAGAAGGUAAAGUUGAAUCAAUAGACGGUAAAGUCUUAGCAUUAAAUGGUAAAUUGGAUCUAAAGUUUUAGGAAUUCGACUAAAAGGUUUUAAAACUCUAAAAUGACAUGGAUUUUAUAAAAGAAACUUUAACCUAAAUGUUUCAAAAAUUUAAUCAGUGA